AUGGACGAAGCCGACCUACUAUCCGAUCGUAUCUUGAUCAUGGUGAAAGGCAAAGUAAUUUGUGCCGGAUCAUCAAAUUUUCUCAAAAACCGCUUUGGCACCGGCUUCUUGCUUACGAUCACUCUGAAACCCACCGUGAACGUUGCGGAAGCAGCGGCGAAAUCUUUGAGAAUCAUUCGACGCUUGGUCGACGACGCGCAGUUAGAUGCCAACCCAACGGCCCAGAUCACCGUAAACCUACCGUAUAGUGCGAAAGACAAGUUUGUAACGAUUUUCAAGGAAUUGGAACAGAAGCAGGAGGAGGUGGGGAUCGAUGCAUUCGGACUGUCAGUCAACACAUUGGAACAAGUGUUUAUCAGUGUGGGGGAGAAGGCGGAGAAGCGGCCGAGCAGGAGGAUCACGGAGAAGAUCGAGAAAGAUGCCAACUUGAUCAAUGAACAAGAUGGUAAGUUUUAGAUUCUGAGUUUGGGUUGGUGCUGGGAAGGCAGUUUUGGCAAUGAAAGGGCAUAAGUGAAGAUCAAAACAGACUUGUUUUUAGAUGACAGACAGCCCACAGUUGCGAAAAACGUUGCCGCGCUUAUGAUAAGAAACUACAUCUACAUGUAUCGGGAUUGGUCGAGGACAUUGGCACCGUUCUUGGCCGUUCUAUUAAGUCUUGUCGCAAAUUGGCUGAAGAAUCAAGAUGGAGGUGGCGUUUUCGAUGUAUCAGAUGAUAAGUUUUGAAGUGACAUACAAACAGUAAGGAGAAAAAGUUUGGUUACUUUUUCCCAAAUGAAACAAAACUGUUUUAGGCACCCUCUCCCUUCAUUAUAUCAAAAAAAAUUUUUUCCCCUCCUCCCCUACUUUUUUUCGGUUAUGCAAAUUUAUUUUCAGAAUCAAAAUCGAUUGUUUCAUUGUCCGAAGUGCCAAAGUCAAUGGUGAUUGUGAGUUCGAAUCUGUCAAGUCGAGUCAAGACCCUCUUCAACAAGGCAUCUGACCAUUUUGAGUUUAUGGAAAGAGAAUACCACGAUUACGUGACCAACUUCGGCUACAGCCAGUUCGACUACCCUCCCAAGUCUUUUGGCGCCUUUGAUAACUCGGGGGAGAUUGUGGUGCUGUCCAGCCUCUACCUGCAUCAGAACAUCAUGCUGGCUAUAAACAUCUAUUACAACUUCAUGUUUGGAGACGAUUCAAUGGGUAGGGUUGGGUAGGGUAGAGUAGGGUAGGGUAGGGUAGGGUAGGGUAGGGUAGGUUAGGGUAGGGUAGGGUAGGGUAGGGUAGGGUAGGGUAGGGUAGGGUAGGGUAGGGUAGGGUAGGGUAGGAUAGGGUAGGGUAGAGUAGGGUAGGGUAGGGUAGGGUAGGGUAGGGUAGGGUAGGGUAGGGUAGGGUAGGGUAGGGUAGGGUAGGGUAGGGUAGGGUAGGGUAGGGUAGGGUAGGGUAGGGUAGGGUAGGGUAGGGUAGGGUAGGGUAGGGUAAAAUCGCUUGCUCGUGAUAGUCAACGUUGUUUGCUUCAGAUCAUAUACGUACUGGAUACAUCUCAGCAGCGGGCGUGACAAAAAUUAGCCUUGGGAAGAGCUACCAAAUCUAUACCACGUACCUUGAAUGUAUUGUCACUACAUUUGGGAUUGGUUUUGGAUUGCCAAUGAUUCUGUCUUCUGUUAUUGUGGAAAGAGUCAGAAAGUUCAAACAUCAGGUAAGCAUGGGUAACGUGGUAUUGUGCUGGUAUCUUGAGGGGGAAAUUUUUGUAUAUAAGGCCAUUCUUUCUUAUUGUUGUUACACUAACAUGAUACUUUUUCUCUGAUAUUGGUAGUUACAGUAUGAUUGUUUUUAGAUCUACCUCGCUUCAGCCAAAACUUUGGUCUACUGGUCGGCUCAGACCCUAACUGAUUUCACAUUGUUCGUCGUGAUAGUGACAUUUUCGCUAGGAUGCUAUCUGCUGACAAACCCUCUCUUACCUACAUGUGCUGUUGGAAUUGUACCGUACUACGUACUGUACUUUUGUGCCGGGUCAUUCUUAAGCUACACUCUGAGCUUUGGAUUCGAUUCUACAACGAAAGCCUCGGUAAUCAUCGUGGCAUGUCACACAUUGGUGCCAUUCUCGCUGUAUUCUUUAAUUGAGAUGACGAGUCAACAGGCUUUGCCCGGGUACAACAUGACAGACAAAGCAAACUAUUUCCAGGUAAGUCCUCCUACCUUCUACUCCCCGAUCUCCCCGCCCCCACCUUCCUCCUUUUUCUUUAACCCCAGCUUUAACCUUAGCCUAAAGCCUUAGUUUUAGUAAUAGCUAUGGUCCUAGCUAUAACCAUACAAUGCCCCCAAAUGACCCGUCUUUUAAAUUUAGGCUUACUUUACACUUUCAGUUUGCUUUUACCGUGGUAUCCCCUACCGUUGGUCUAUUUUCUGCUCAACGCACAUUGGUCUCUAUGUGUGGUGCAACAAAUGGCUGGGCUGGUUCAAUGUACACAGACUUGCCUCAAACAGCUCGAGUUUUGGGUUCUUUGUUCGCCAGCUUCGUGUUUUAUCUGACACUUUUGGUUUUGAUUGAGAAGAAGGUGUUCAGAUUUAAUUAG